UCCUUCGGUGCGAAAGGCCCGGCCGGCUCAGCUGCUGAGCCCCUUUCUUCUUCCUCCUCUUCCUCUUCCGCCCCCCGCUCGACUCGGCCAUGGCCUGCGGCGCGACCUUAAAACGGACUCUAGAUUUCGACCCUUUGCUGAGCCCGGCCUCGCCGAAGCGACGGCGCUGCACUCCAUUGUCCGCCUCGGCGGCGGGCAGUGCGGGAAAUAGGUUGUACAUACUGGUAAACGGUAUGAUUAAGGUGGUACAUCUUGGCUCCUUGAAGAUCUUUUCCCUCUCACAGAGACGACAAAUUAGUGGCAACAUCAAGACUUGCUGUGUUGUCACCUCUGAUGAGCAAAUUCUGUACAAUAUAAAACAGGAAUACAAACGCAUGCAGAAGAGAAGACAUCUAGAAAACUUUCACCAAACAGAUCCUUGUUGUUCUACUGAUGCACAGUCACAAGCAUUUCUCCUUUCUGGACCAGCUUUGCCAGGUACUUCAUCUGCAGCAUCAUCACCACUGAAAAAAGAACAGCCCCUCUUUACUCUCAGACAAGUUGGAAUGAUCUGUGAACGCUUGCUCAAAGAACGUGAAGAGAAAAUCCGUGAAGAGUAUGAAGAAAUCUUGACCACAAAACUUGCAGAACAGUAUGACGCAUUUGUGAAGUUUACGCAUGACCAGAUCAUGCGACGAUAUGGAGAACAGCCUGCAAGUUAUGUUUCAUGAAUCAUGUUUUCUGCAUAUGUGGGCAGCCCUGAAACCCUGUUCUAUUGUUGCAAGCUGUCCUUUAAAGACUUGCAACAAUGCCAUAUUCCCUCUCCCCCCUCUGUAUACACUGGUUAUUUCAAGCUUUUGUCAGUGGCAACCACUCUUAUGCAGCAACUGGUUUUGGAGUGCUCCCUGAUGUCAGUACCACCUGGAUGUGGACCUUUGCUACCUGUUAAUACCAGUGGUCUCAUUUGCUGUAUCAUUACAAUUUGGCUUCUGUUAAUAAGUUUGAAAAGUAAAAGGAUUAAAGCUGGUGUACUAGAACUCUGCCCUUAACUGGUUGUGUAAAUAAAAGUGUAGAAUGACA